CUUAUAUAAUUGCAAUUACAUAUAUACUUAGUAAUGGUAUAAAUAAUUCAUUAUAUACAAUAAAUUAAAGAAAAAGUAGGGCAUGUGCCUACUUCAAACUGGUGAUAUGCUGAUGAUACCCCCUACAGUUGCACAUGUCCAUAAAUUACAGUAACCGCUUACCAUUAAGCGGCCGUAAGCUUGUUUACCACCGAUGUGGUAUAAAAAAUAGUGUUGUUUCACAAUUGUUACAAGCAAUCUAAGCGCGUCCAAUAUCGGAAGAAGUACCAGUACAAUCCGCUCCGAAGUCUCAAAACCGUGGCAAAUUUUAGAGUUGAUAUUGAUUUAGACGAAGCCCUUUCGUCGGAGAGUCAUUAUAUAAUUGCCUAAUAGUUACCGUACGUGUCGAAAUAUGAUUAUUAAGACGAAAGUGCACAUCCGCGCGAAAUUGCCUAUUUAUACAAACGUGGUCCUUAUUUUCCUCUCUGGAUAUUAACAUUAUUGAAAAUAUUUUGACACAGAAAUUGUUGUAUAUCAUCAACAGCAGCUAUGCCUCUAAUUUGUUUUUUUUUAGGUUUUUUAAAUAUUACAUGAGUUAGAGGCAUUAAAAAAAUGUAUGAACUCUGUUUCUCCGGUUUUUUGCAAUAAUCAAGAAAUCUAAAAAAGUCAAACGUAGGGCAUAGCCAUGGUUACUAUAACACCAUCUUAUGUAAAUAUAUUUUUCAUUAUGUCAAUAUCCAGAGAGGAAUAUGAAGACUACGUUUGUAUGGAGAAGCGGCCGUCCUCGUUCCUAGUAAGGCCUCAAAAAAUUACGGUAGCUAUAAAUUUAAGGUAGGUUUAGUUUGGCAUUCCUAAAAGAAAUACUGUUUGCAAAAUACGAAUAUAUUCACAUGGAAUCGAAAUGAUACUUCAUAUAUUAUAAAUUAAUAUUUUUUUAUAGAUAAGAACAUGCUAGUCUGGAAAUAGUACACAUUCUAGCAUAUAUGAUCAUUUACAUUCUUUUGGUUUUCAUAAGUAAUACUUACUUUAUUUUAUUUAUUUAUUUUAAACUUUACUGCACAAUUACAAGUAUAACGUACAAUAGGCGGACUUUUGCCUAAUAUAACAAAUAAUAUUUAAUAUUAUUUUAAUAGCAUUUUCAAUAAAAAGACAUAUCAAGUUUGUUUACCCUUUUUAUAAUGCUCAAAAAAUGAAGUAAAGUGACUAUACCAACGUUUUUAAUUCUGAAUGUAGGCUAGAUAGACUUUUUACCUAUACUACAAACUUACCCUUCUAUUUUAAAUUCGUUAAAACAAAUAUUUUUCAUAUGGCCCCCUUUGCUGUGCCAAUAUUUAUUAAGUUGUUACGUUAUGAAAGCUUGACGAAUCAGCACCCAUUCCGUUCCAAACUAAUAGUUUGUUUCCUAUCAUUUCAUAGCGUCUUCUUAAAAUGAUGCAAUUUGUUUGAUGUUCCGAUAAUUCAGCCGAAUUAUUUGUUGCUUAAUUUAGAUAUGGUUGUUCUUUUAUUUUGUUAACGCCAUCGCGAGUUAGCGACCCAAAAUCAAUGCUUUGUUGCCUACACAAAACUCAAAAGAUAAAACAGGGUGCCAAAAACUCAAUUAUAGUGCCCUGUAAUUGUGUCAGAAUUUCUUCAUUUGACAAAAGAAAUACUUGGAUUGGAACGCUCGUUAAAACAUAUAAUGGAGCACUUUUAUAAUUAAACAUAAAUUUUAGAAAGAAACAUUUGUUCUUAAUAAAUUUUUCAAGUCGGCUGAACACGUUAACACAUUACCACGUUAUUCGACGUCGGUAAUACAUAACAUUUCAUGUUAAUAGCGUUCCGAAGAAUGCUUUUGAACAACUAUAGAUGUCUAUUAGUUAUUCAGAGGGGGAGAUUAUAAUGUAGGUACGUUGGCUCUAAUUGUAUGUAGUCAUGUACACUCGAGAGUUAAGAAACGGAAUCAUCUCGGGUAGCUUCUACGCUCAAUAACUUUUCUAAGUUUCAUGCCACCCUGAAGAAAAUAGGAUUGUAUUAAAAAUAAACUAUUGAAAAACACCAAUAUUUUAUUUGUUUCUCAACUGUUUGGAUGCAAUUCGGACUGUUUGUAAUAAGGCAACAAGAAAUUGAUGACGUCAUUACUCAGAAAAUUGUCUCUUUGAAACUAUUUGCGGACUGGGUACCAUGCGUAGGUAACAAAAUAUUAAAAGCCGGUUCUAGUUACCAGGUCUGAACUACGUUUAAUCAGGUAUCAUAUACUACUAAUAUUGAAAAAAUCAAGCAACUUUGAGGUUACCUGUAUUGCAAGACCUAUAAGGUCUAUGUCUAUGUAUGUAGACCAAAUCGGAUUCAAUUUGAUGCACAGCUCUGUUUAAAACUGAGUAACUUUUGUCGAAGGUAAUACAAGUUUUAAGUAGAGACAAUAGACAAGAUCAAAAGAUCCGAAAAUUUCAUGGCUUAUGGUGUCGGUGGGCUGUCAAGGUCAGAAACUUCCAACAUUUAGUCACUAGUAACAUUAAUAAAAAACAUGCAGACCCUAAUCUAAUGCAAGGAGGAAUGUAGCUAUUAAAUACGCUGUACGCUGCGUUCUUGAGUACGCUUCCCCUGUUUGGUCAGUCUGCUAUGCCACCCACAAAGACUGCAUAGAACGAGUCCAGAAAAAGUUUAUUAACCAUUUAAAUUACAAAUUUAAUAAUUAAUUUGCUUCUUAUUCUAACAGCUGCCAUGAAUACAAUCUUCUUACACUUGAAAAUAGACGGAAGUUGGCAGACAUGAACCUCCUUUUUGAUAUCGUUCGAAACCGUCUUGAUUGCCCUGAGCUACUGUCUGGCAUAUUAUUUCGGGUUCCUAAACGUCGCACCAGGUAUACCACCCUUUUUCAAGUCCCACUCCCACUACACUCCACUAACUACGGCGCAAAUGCCGUACUAUCUCGCAUUCCCCAUCUUUACAAUCAAGAACUUAACUCAACGUAUCCUUUUAAUGGCCCUAAAAAUAAGUUUAAAAAUGACGUAUUAGAUAUAUUACUUAACAAAAAAAGGUGAAUAUAAUAACUAUUUAGUGUUUUAAUAGAUUCUAAAGAUUUACCAAAUACUGUUGUAAAUGUUAUCCUAUAUUAUACUGUAGGAGUACUCAUCAUUGGCGUCUUGGCUUAAAACAUAUUUUGGUAUCUUAUGCAAGGGAUGGUCCCUAACCAAGCACAUUACAUAAAAUGUAGUAAGUAAAACAGUUACUUUACAGGAGCGCUAAAUAGUGGUCUUUGGGUAAAAGCGUGAUCACUUAAAUUAUUUACAAGUGCAAUAUAAAUAAAUUAAAACAACUAUUAACGUUCAUGCACACCUAUUAACUUUAUGCAAGCAUGUGUACCUACCUCUAACUUCAAUUUUCAUGUUGAUUAUCACGUACUGUUACUGUUACUGUGGGCUUGCACAGUUUCACUUUAAAUAUUAAUUACUUUGUUUUACUAAUAAUAUAUUUGUAUAUUAUUUUGCAACCAACGGAUAACUGUUAUUUGCCUAAUACCAUGUAAAAAUACCUAUGUAAAUUGUAUAUAUACGGCUGUUGUUGUCCUGAAUACCAAUAAAAAAAAAUGGGCUAAUAAAUCGGGGGCGAGGUAGGUGUCGAGUCUAUUUACCGGAGCAAUCUGUGCUGUUAGUUUUCAAGUAUCUAUUAUUAGAUUAACCUUUGGUUCUAAAUAAUAUUUUUGUCUUAACUUUUACCUCCUACAUUUAAUUCUAAUUAACUGAAAUAUAAAUUAGCCAACCCUUAUUUAAUGCAAGGUGACAUGUAGCUUUACAAUGGCCUAUACUUACAGCUUGUAUCAAAAACGGAGACACAAUUUUUCUUCUGUGUAUGUGUGACCCAUAAACUUAUGUGUGUGUUACGCAGUUCCUAGUGAAUCUGAAUGGGCGACAUCCUAGCGCCUCGCGUAUCGUAUCGACUCAUUUUGCAGACUCCAUGGCGCUAUGGCAAAGAAGAAUAAAAAAUCAAGAGGGAAACGUCCAUUCAAUGCAUAACUAGUCUUUCGAAAAGACCAAAUAACUUAUGACUGUCAGUGAUGUCAGAUCAGUAUAUCAGUGAUGGGGUUUUGCCUAAAAAGGUGAUAUUGAAGACAACUUAUUUACUCGUACUUAAUAUUUAUAAAAGUAAAUCCCACCAAAAACAUUUUCGUUUAAAAAUGUUGCCAAGACGAGAACAUAUGGCUCGCACUAUCAAAAAAUUGUUAUAUCUCAUGUAGAGCCAACUCACUUUUAGCGUAGCGAGACGGCUAAGACACAUUUUUUGACUGUGUAGUGUUCGUCGUUCCGUCCCCUAAUUUAAAGUGUGGGGGUGAUUUACUAAAAAUCCUGAAAUAUUUAUUUGAUUAUUUAUGGUUGGGGGGUGAUUUACUAAAAAUCCUGAAAUAUUUAUUUGAUUAUUUAUAACAUGAAGUCCGUGUAUCAAUUUUCAGCACCUCUAGCAUCUAAGAUAAAAUUUAAAAUCUAUCUAUCUAAUUAAAAUCUAAAGUAUGCAAUUAAAACUUUUUAUGUUUAAUAGGUCCACUAUUGACAUCAUAUAUCAAGAUUUAUUUUUCAUCUGGGAUAAUUUUAACCCAAGCUAUGAGGGUUCAAAAAAACGAUGUAGCGCUUCGAGAAUAGGCAGGUAGUGCUUCGCUUGGGUCGUCUUGGCGGGGGCACUACCCUGCCCCAAAUAUGUUUUUAGGCAGAAUAAAAUUGCUCCUUACUCGUACAUAUGUAUAAUCUUUGUCCGUUGCAGAAGUUAAAUUGUUGCAAGCGUCGCCGUUGCAGCGACCCAGUGCAGUGUGCGGUGAUCAGUGAAUGUGAUUUAAACUACGAAAUUAGUCAUUUCGCAAGUGUGUCUAAUCUUCAUAUUUUAAGUUUUAGAGGCCAAAAUAAGUUGUUGGACAUAAAAAACGUUUACAUGUCGAAUUUUAAUUACAGCUUUUAUUUUUACACUAAUAUACAUAUAUAAGCAUAUUUUUUUUUGUAAGUUAAAUUUAUUUCGUUUAAAGAAUAGAUCUUCAGAAAAAAAAUCCUUCCACAAUACUUCGUUUUUUAGCAUUAGAAAGAAGGAAAGCCGAGCGAUCUUGACGUGUCUUUUAUUAAAAAUCACUUUUGAAAAAUAAGCCACAACAAGUAUGGAACAAUUAUAUAGCAUAUACGAUGAUUUACAUUCUUCUAGUUUCAUGUCAUAAGUAAGUUAUUACUUUUUUGAAAGCGUUUUUCAAUAAAAAGACACUUCAAGAUUGUUCACCCGUUUUGUAAUUCUAAAAAAACGAAACAAUAUUAUUACACGUAACUAUUUAAAUAAGCCUUUUAAAUUAGUAAAAUUGUACCUAGUCGGGUGAUUAAAUAUUACAUAAAUAAAUCUAAUGAUGACUAGAUUUAAUCGUUCAAGUAGAAAGAUUUGUACCUAACGUCUAUUACAUUUCUAUUUAUAUGAAUAAAUUAAGCCGCUAUUUGAUUUUUCAGCAACAAUGGGACUCCCGCGUUUUGAAAAAUGUUGCUGCUUCUUUGACUUGAAGACUGGGAAUAUCAUAUUGGGAUGUAUUAAUGCUUUCUUAUCAUUUUGCCUAUUCGUGGCUAUGAUAGUGGCUGCAUGUGAAUUUGGCGCCAUGGAAAAAGAUACGGCAAAGGAAUUGGAAAUAUUUAAAAGCGUCGAAGCAAUCGAAAUCGAUGCCAGGCUCAGCGGACUGUACGCUAUGUCAAUUAUAUUGGUGCUCAUGUUUCUGGCGAAGCUCCUAUUCGACGUGUUUUUCAUCAUCGGCGUGAUAAUGGAACGGAAAGGCAUUAUCAAAGCCUACUUCAUCAUGUGGACCGUAUUCAUGUUACUUUCUAUGUUCACUUUCUUCCUCAAUUGCGAGUAUUGGGGUGUGAAGACAAUCAUCACUGAAGUGAUCUACCUCAGUAUAAACGUGUACGCUAUGUUGGUGUGUCACAGCUUUUAUGUGCAGCUUAAUAUGCGCGAAGAAGUUUAAAAUACCGUGUCAAUUAUGAAUAGUAAUGUAGGUAGUUGUUGUGACAAUCAUUAUUAUAUAGGACUUGGAUGCGAAUUACAUAUAAGUCUGUUUUUUGGGUUCCGUAGCAAAAGUGGCAAUUCGGAACCCUUAUAAUUCCGUCAUGACCAUCUGUCAGUAUCAUCGUGCAAUACAAAGUGCAAUUUUUGAUGAUUUAUUUGGUUAAAAUAAACCUUUAUAUUGAAUAAACAUGUUAACAACGUAUUAUUACGUAUGUACGGAAUCAGAAGAUAACCAAAGUGCAAUCACACAUAAAAGGAUGAAAUAAGCCCUUUCGAUCCGAACUUCGAAAUUUGAACCCUUUUUUAGAGAAGAGGAAGAAGAUACAUUUUAGAACUUAAAUCAUGAUGAAAUGCGUAAUUUUAGAACUGAAUUGAUAGUAAUAAAAAAAGAAAAAUGGAAAUAAGCCCUUCUGAAAAGACACUCCUCAAAUAGUUAACACAACAUAUACAUCUAUACUAUUUUAGCUAUGGUAUAUUAUUUCUAAUAUUGCUUUUAUUAGGUGUAUUGUUUAAAGUUUAGGUUAUAUCUAAAUGAUAAAAAAAAACAUUAAAUCGGGGUAGUUUUUAUAAACUCAGAGUUAACCGUUUAUAACUAUAGAAUAUCCAAGGAUAUAUUUUAAAAAGUAUAACACAAAAAAUCAUAUUAGUAGCUAUAUAUGAUUAAUAUUAUAGGCAGGUAUAUAAAUAAUAGGGUAAAUGAAGAAUUCAAUUAUGUACAGCUGUUACAUUUAUGGUAAACUAUUUAAUUAUAAAACCAUAACAUGUUAUUAAAUAUUAAAUAAAGUUUAAUCUGUUUGUACUAUGUCUUUUGUAUUUUGAAAUAAAUAUCGUGUCUAUUUGAAAGCUCUACCCAGUAAAAGUCAACUGACUCGUAUAAACAAAAAAAAACUUUUUUUAAAGACACUAAUUAACUCUCUAGUAGACGAAAGCCUCGUACUCAGUGAGUCGUACAUAAAUAAUUAUAAAUAAAGUCAUUAUUACCCCUGUCUCCCCGUCCAUUCUUUUCGUUCGAUUUUAAAACAAAAUAAAUAAAAUUCUAUUUUUGAAUACCAUUGAAUUAAAUUUUACUUAUUUUUUUCUUGUAUAGUCGACCGCUAGAGAUUUUUUUUAUAUAUUGGCAGACCUAGAGGAUCUGCGUCAGAAAGGACGCCAUUCUAGCGCCCAGCGUAUCGACUUAUUUUGCAGACUCCUUGUCGCCUAAUAUGGCAAAGAAUAAAAACGUUCAGAAGGAAGAUAUUGGAAUCUUAAAAUUUUUGUUCCUUUGCGUGCCAUCAAAUAACUUAAAGAACUAGACCAGACAGAACAGAACAGAAAAAAGAACUAGACCAAACAAACCUUAACGACUCGAAUGUCAUCGAAGCCUCACUGAACAAAGAAGCAACAAAGUAACAGUUCAAUGGAUGAAGGGGCAUAGUGGAUUAAGAGGAAACGAUGCGGUGCAUGAACUGGCUUCAGAAAUACCGACAUAUAAAACCGAGCCUACCAAUAUCUUACAUACACAACCCUACAGCUAGACCUACUUAACAGACAACUGCACACUAAGUACUAGAAUGAAAUGGACACAUGCUAGACCAAGGAUAUUUAUCGGAACUAAACUACAAGCUCACCAAAAUAAAACUACAAACACCUACACAUAUGGGUAAAACAGACAGCCUCAUGUGCAGAGCGUGCAUGGAAGAAGAGGAAGCAGCAAAACACAUUCUCCUAGACUGUAAACAGGUAGAAGUAUACAGGUGCAAAUGCCUAGGAACUCUGUGCAUAGUAAAAGAGGCAGUAAGCAACCUAAAAACUUUGCUGGGCUUCGUGGAGGAGCUAGGGUGGUUAUAUAGGUAGUAGCGCUACCUCUACUCGUUCCACACAAAAUAGUGCCACAAUGGUUGUCGACUUGCGGAAAAUACUCAGAAGCACUAACU